GCAGGCGUGCACGGAGCAGUGAGAUCACUGGCGUUAUAAAUAUCCCGGUGCCAGCGCCGAGAUCCGCUCCGGUGGCCUCUCUCUCUCUUUCUCUCUCUCUCUCCCCCUCUCCCUCUCCCUUCCCCGAGGCUAUGUCCACCCAGUGCGGCGAGGGAGGCAGCGCCAGAGGCACGCAGCCGCGCGGGGGCUACGGAGCCCGGAGCCAGCCCUGCAAGAUGCACUUAGGACCCCCGCGGCCGGAAGAAUGAGCCUGUCCUUGCUCUUCCUCAUCUUCUGCAGCCACCUGAUCCUCAGCGCUUGGGCUCACGGGGAGAAGCGUCUCACUCCCGAAGGGCAACCCGCGCCUCCUAGGAACCCGGGAGACUCCAGCGACAGCCGGGGCAGAAGUAGCGCGACGUUUUCUUCUGCGUCUUCUGCCUCCUCACUAGUCGCAGCUUCUCCGGGCAGCCAAGGAAGCGGCUCGGAGCAUAGCAGUUUCCAGUGGAGCCCUUCGGGGCGCCGGACCGGCAGCCUGUACUGCAGAGUGGGCAUCGGUUUCCAUCUGCAGAUCUACCCGGAUGGCAAAGUCAAUGGCUCCCACGAAGCCAGUGUGUUAAGUAUUUUGGAAAUAUUUGCUGUGUCUCAGGGGAUUGUAGGAAUACGAGGAGUUUUCAGCAACAAAUUUUUAGCGAUGUCAAAAAAAGGAAAACUCCAUGCAAGUGCCAAAUUUACAGAUGACUGUAAGUUCAGGGAGAGAUUCCAAGAAAACAGCUAUAAUACCUAUGCGUCCGCCAUCCACAGAACUGAAAAGACAGGCCGGGAGUGGUACGUGGCCCUGAACAAGAGAGGGAAAGCCAAGAGAGGCUGCAGCCCACGGGUCAAACCCCAACACGUCUCCACCCACUUCCUACCCAGGUUCAAGCAGUCCGAGCAGCCAGAACUUUCCUUCACCGUUACUGUUCCAGAAAAGAAAAAACCACCGGUGAAACCAAAGGUGCCCCUGUCGCCGCCUCGCAGAAGUCCCAGCCCAGUGAAGUACAGACUGAAGUUUCGCUUUGGAUGAUGCUCUUCCGCCCUGGCCUUGUGGGAAACCACUCUCUCUCUACAGGCGUCAUCGGAGCCCUGAAAGACACUUUCGGAUACAGCAUCCCUCCCUCUGAUGUGCCUACACGAGUGGAAGUCAGGUCACUUGUUCCUCUUUGACUGGAACUAAACUGUUUUCUAAAUUUUAAAUCGAAACAGAAGUGGGAUUCUCUGUAGCGACCCAGGGAGCUCAUCUCUUCAGAUCACUAAGGUUAUAAAGGCUUUGUGAUUUGAGGGUGGUUAGCAUUCUGCAUUUUCAGACCAGUUCGAUAGCCUGGGACUAUGUACUUUUCUCAUUUUUACAGAUCAACCAGAAAGAACAUACAUGAUACAUGUUUAUUUUUGUUUUCCAAAGAAUAUUUUGAUGGAGAUAAAAUAUUUUAUAAACUUUUGGUUUUUUUUUAAGGUACCUCAGCAUUGAGCAUAUUUUCUUACUUUUAUUAUUUUAAUUAACGUGACACAAACAGUUGGUUUAUUGCUGUUCAUGGAUUAUAAAUAUUUUCUUAGUUCGUGUGGUAGGAUCUGGAUCUCCUUGGCGUUUUUCUCUUUACUACAGCAUUGUUUACUUUAUUUUAGCUAUACCUCAAGUCGUUUAAGUUUAGUUCUACAUUUUAAAAUUUUUUUAAAAUGUGCUUUCAAAGUCCCAAAAGGCUCAGCUUGGAGGUGUGCAUUGUGUAUAAAGUUGUGGCAUUAUGUGGAAUCUGGCCACAUUAGUGGCUGGGCUCACGAUCAGAAGGAGGAAAAUAUGAGGACAUUUUGAUGGAUUUAAAGGCUUUAUGUAAAGAAAAGGACAGAGGCCAACGCACAGUAAGUGUGCAGCGUCUGUGGAGAUUUAACUCUCUUUUGCUUCUUCUCUUUUUAUCUGCCCCCUGCCCUCAUUCAAGAACAGCUGAAGGAAUAAGUUUUAUUCUGUCCAUCAAGCAUACACUUGGAAACUGGAGUGCUUAAAAAUACUUCUAUAACUCCCUGUUAUCCUUACUGUAUGGACCCACAGGGAGUAACUAAUAACUAAUCAGGGUGUGUGUAUGUUUUUGUGUGUGUGUGUGUGUGUGUGUGUGUGUGUGUGUGUGUGUGUGUAGCUGAAGAAGAUGAAUCACUAACCAAGUUUUCAUGUCAAGUCUCAUGGUCAAAAAUACUUCUAUUAUUCAGUCAAAUACCCUUUGAGCUUUCUAUCCUAAAGGUAACGACUGCAAUGAGUGGGUCUGCUCUGCUCUAAGAAAACCUGAUGUACCCUAGAAGCAUCUGCCCUUGUCAUGCAGGAGCUUAAUUUGGGAAUUUGAUGAGCUGAAAAUGACACUUCAUUCUUAACCCAAAUUCCAAACCCUGAAUGGAAAUCACAGAACGUUUAGCUUACAAAGAGUUACAAAAUGUAUUUUCUUGGAUAAUCAUUUUUAUGGAGAUCUAUGAAGUAUAAGUGUUCACCUUAUAUUCCUAAAUGCUGCAAUAAAGAGGUGUAGAUGACC